UCUUUGCUCCUACGCAUGCACCCAUCAAUUCAUAUACUCUAUUGAUCCAAUGCUGUGUUGAUUUGCCCGAUGCUUAAUCGAUCAGAGACAAUGAAGCAACACGCGGGCUAGCUAGUAUUAGAUCGACAAGGAGGAAAAUGAACAAGUGCAGGUCUAGCAGUAGCAGUAGCAAUAGCAGGGCCUUGUAUGCUCUCCUCCUCACUUCUCUUAUACUAACAGUAAUAAUAUUGUACCUCCCGCCUCCACCUGAUCCUCUUUCCCAAUCCCAAUUCGAAUUCGACCAACUAAAGCUUGACGAUCAUCCGCCGCCACCGCAGCUGCACCGCCGCAGGACGAAGCGGUGCGCCGAGCACCUCAGGUGGGCGGCCUCCCUCGCCUCUCAACACAAUGCCACCCUCCUGCUCACCGUCGAUCGCAACCAGGCCGCCGGCUGCGCCAACUUCACCACCAUCCAGAAGGCGGUGGACGCGGUGCCCGACUACGCCGCCACACGCACGCUCAUCGCCGUGGACGCCGGCAUCUACAGGGAGAAGGUGGUGGUGUGGUCCAACAAGACGGCCCUCACGCUGCACGGCCGCGGCAACCUCAACACCACCGUCGCCUGGAACGCCACCUCCAACUCCACCGGCGGCAGCACCGUGUACAGCGCCACCUUCACCGUCCUCGCCCCCGCCUUCGUCGCCUACAACAUCACCUUCCAGAACACGUCGCCCCCGCCCGAGCCCGGGGACGCAGGGGGGCAGGCGGUGGCGCUGAGGGUGGCCGGCGACGAGGCGGCGUUCCACUGGUGCGGGGUGUACAGCGCGCAGGACACGCUGCUGGACGAGUCCGGGCGGCACCUGUUCCGCGGCUGCUACAUCGAGGGCUCCAUCGACUUCAUCUUCGGCAACGCACGAUCCCUCUACGUGGGUUGCACCAUAAGCUCCGUGGCCAUGGCGAGCGCGACGGGGAAUAAGGAAGUGACGGGGAGCGUGACGGCGCAGGGGAGGGCGUCGGCGGCGGAGAGGACGGGGUUCGCGUUCGUGCGGUGCAGCGUGGUGGGGACGGGGCAGGUGUGGCUGGGGAGGGCGUGGGGGCCGUACGCGACGGUGGUGUUCGCGGAGACGUACCUCGGCGACGUGGUGGCGGCGGAGGGGUGGAACGACUGGGGCGACCCCGGCAGGCGGCAGCAGGUGUGGUUCGCGGAGUACGCGUGCUGGGGCCCCGGAUCCGCCACCGCCGCCACCGGCAGGGUGUCCUACGCGCGGCAGCUUGACCAGCGCCAGGCCGCGCCCUUCAUGGACGUCUCCUACAUCGACGCCAACCAGUGGGCGCUGCCACCGUCGACGCCGGAACUCUACGGAUCGAGAUAUACUCCCAGCUAGCUAGGAUCACACACACACACACACACGAGUUUUAAUUUAAUUUGAUAUUGAUUUGUAAGACAAGGAUGAUAAAAACACAAGACUCAAUUACAAUAAUCUGACUCCCCUGCAAGUGCAAUUCGAAUAUCAUAUAAAUUAUUAAUAGUCGUCAUCGCCGUAGUCGUCGUAGCCACCACCGCCGCCGCCGUAGCGGUCCUCCUCCACCCGCUCCGCCACGCGAUCCUCAAACUUGUUCUCCAGGUAGCUGGCGCCGCCCGCCAGCGCCAGACCGCCAAGAACGCCGGCCGCCGCGCCAACCGCCAGCCCACCCCCCAUGCCCAUCUUGCUCUUCUUCUUUGCAUCCACAGGAGGCGCUCCAUAGCUGACAGCGGCAGGUUGAGGUGGCGCGGCGGAGCCAUAGGCAGGUUGAGUAGGAGCCGCUCCUCCAUAGGCCGACGGGUAUCCAGCAGGAGGGGCCGCGGAGUACGGAGCCGGAGGGGCCCCGCCAUAGGCAUAGCCAUAGCCACCAGUUGUAGUGUUACCGUAGGCGUAGGGGUCACGGGACGACUGCUGGUGGUAGGGAGCAGGGUACGCCGGCGAGGGGUCGUAGUAGCGCUUGGGCUCGCGGACGGCGACGCGGACUUCGAGGCGUCCAUGGGGGCGGCCGGAGGGGCGCUUGAGGCGGAGGGAGCGGGAGGCUCGGGCGCCUAUGCCGGUGUCGGCGAGGACGUCGCGGAGCGGGAGGCGCGCGGAGCCGACGAGGGGCUUGACGCCGUCGGUGGCGUUGGCGUGGACGACGUCGAGGUA